AUGCCUCUCACCAAACAAGAACAAAAAUACUUGCAGCAACACUCUUCUCCUGCUGCUGCUGCUGCUCGUGCUGCUGCUGCUGCUGCUGCUGCUGAGGAUGGGGGAGAGGAGGGGGAUGGUAGUGCUGCUGCUGCUGCAGCAGCAGCAGCUGCAGCAGAUAGAAAAAAGCAGCAGCAACUACGGCGUAAGGAGUAUAAAGAAACAAGCAGCAGCAUAAAGAGAACAGAUAACGAAGAAGAUGACGACGACGAAGAAAAAGAAAAAGAAAGAGAAGAAAAAGAAAAAGAAAAAGAAAGAGAAAUAAGAGAAGCAGCAGAAGCAGCAUCAUGUAGGAUGUUUUAUAUGGAUGUGAAGCCAGCAAAGACACACGCAUUAAGUGCUGCUGCUGCUGCUGCAGCAGCAGCAAAACGUUCAGGAUAUGAUGCAGCAACAGCAGCAGCAGCAGCAGCAGCAGCAGUAACAGCAGAAUCAGCAGCAGCAGCAGCAGAAGCAGAAGAAGCAGCAGCAGCAGCAGCAGCAGCAGCAGCAGAGCUGGAUGCUGCAGCAGAUGCUCGCAACAAAAACAGCAGAAAACUGCAGCAGCAAAAACGCGUGCUGCUGCUGCAGCAGCAGCCGCAGCAGCAGCAACAGAAGCAGCAGCAGCAACAGAAGCAGCACCAACAGAAGCAGCAGCAACAGCAGCAACAGAUGCAGCAACAACUGCAGUACCAACUACAGCAACAGCUACUGCAGUUGCAGCACAAACUACAGCAGCAGCUGCAGCAGCAGCUGCAGCAGCAGCUGCAGCAGCAGCUGCAGCAGCAGCAGCAGCAACAGCUACUCUAG